GUGAUGGCGCAUGUAGGAGGGCCUUUCCUGUUUCUACUCCUCCUUUUGCUGGGCUCCUUAUCACGUGUUGGAGGUGCCCCAACACGUGAGGACCGACCUCCGAUAAACCGGAGCUCCUUCCCGCCGGGCUUCCUUUUCGGGACCGCGUCAUCAUCUUAUCAGUAUGAAGGAGCAGCUGACGAAGACGGCAAAGGCAUCAGCAUAUGGGAUACUUAUACGCGCGCACACCCAGACAAAAUAAAGGACCGAAGCAAUGGAGACAUAGCUGUGGAUUCUUAUCAUCGUUACAAGGAAGAUGUGAAGAUCAUGAAGGAAAUGGGAAUGGACGCAUACAGAUUCUCCAUAUCUUGGACGCGAAUAUUGCCUCAUGGAAGACUGAGUGGUGGAGUGAACGAGGAAGGCAUCAAGUAUUACAACAACCUCAUCAACGAGCUCUUAUCCAACGGUAUACGACCAUUCGUAACACUCUUUCACUGGGAUUUUCCGCAGUCCCUUGAGGACGAGUACGGAGGCUUCUUGAGUUCCAAAGUCGUGGCUGAUUUCCAAGAGUACGCAGACAUCUGUUUUAGAGAAUUUGGAGAUAGGGUGAAGCAAUGGAUCACCUUGAACGAGCCGUGGAUGUACAGUGUUGGUGGGUAUGCACGGGGAACGGAGGCUCCUGGGCGCUGCUCUUAUUGGGAAAUGGGUAAUUGCAGCGUUGGGAAUUCUGGGACAGAGCCAUACAUUGUGGGACACCAUCAGCUUCUUGCACAUGCAGCCACUGUAAGACACUACAGGGACAAGUAUCAGGAAUCUCAAAAGGGCAUUAUAGGAAUAGUCAAUAUGGCCCAUUGGUGUAUUCCCCUGUCGACAUCCGAGUCCGACUAUAAUGCAGCCCAACGAGCUAUGGACUUCGUGGUUGGAUGGUUUAUGGACCCUUUAACCAAUGGUGAAUAUCCGCCUAGCAUGAGGUCCUACGUUGACAAUCGGCUACCAAAAUUCACGAAAGAACAAUCUGAUAUGUUGAGAGGAUCGUUCGAUUUCAUAGGUCUAAAUUACUACACUUCCAGGUACACAGCUUAUGUUCCUCACUCCAAUGCCACCCGAGUAAGCUACACAAGCGAUUCACAUGUUAAUUUAACAGUCGAGCGAAAUGGGAUCCCAAUCGGAACUCAGGCUGCUUCACCAUGGCUGUAUGUGUACCCACCAGGAAUCCGAGAUAUGUUAGUCUAUGUAAAGAAAAGAUACAACAAACCCAUUAUCUACAUUACUGAGAAUGGAAUAGAUGAGCUCAACAACAGUUCCUUGUCACUGGAGGAAGCGCUGCAAGACGAAGCGAGGAUUGACUACUAUCAUCACCAUCUUUUAUUUCUUCAAAAUGCCAUCAGGGAUGGUGUGGAUGUGAGGGGCUUCUUUGCUUGGUCAUUGUUGGACAACUUCGAAUGGGCAGAAGGUUACACCGUUAGAUUUGGCCUUAUUUACGUGGAUUAUAAAGAUGGUCUGAAGAGAUACCCAAAGCAAUCUGCUCUUUGGUUUCAGCAGUUUCUCAGAGGGCGUGAGGGUACAGAGAAUUCCAUCUCCUCUGAAUGAUAAGUGGGACAUGCACGGUACUAAUACAGGUAGGCCAUGUGUAUGAUUUAACUUUAUGGAUCUAUUGCUUAAUGUACCUAUUUAGUGUUAUCGGCAUGUAUAUAUAUUUAUUCAUAUGAUUAUGUUGGAAUGUUUUUAUGUUUGAAUAUAUGGAUGUGAUUGUUUUGUAAAAAAGUUAUACAUUGAUACUUA